CUACAUUAGCUAAUUAUAAAAUCCCCUCUUCCUACAACUUCUCAUACACAUUAUCUCACAAAUUUGAAUUAAAAAUGUUCAAGAUUAUUGGAGGAGAAAGAAUUAAAGGCCUGAUAAUACUCAAGCUUUUAAUCAAGAAGCUGAUGAAUUUUCAUUUUUCACCUCGUUACGAUGAUGAAAAUGGAACUCAAUUUGUAGCAACAUCGAUAGAGGACGAUGAAGAAGUUGUACCAUGUGAUGUGAAGGAAGGACAUUUUGCUAUUUUUGCGGUCAAUACUAAGGAUGAAGAGAGAAAAAGGUUUAUUUUAGAGUUGAAUUGGCUAAAUAAUCCAGCAUUGUUGAGGUUAUUAAAUUUGGCUGAAGAAGAAUAUGGAUUUACACAGAGGGGUGUUUUGAAAAUCCCUUGUCCACAUGAAGAAUUAGAGAAGAUUAUUUUGCAGCUCAAGAUUGAGAGAAAUUAAUGAAUGAUCAUAUACUUGUUAAUAUAAUUAGUAAUUACUAACUUUAUGAGGUUUUUGAAGAAAUGAUUAUAAUGUAUAUUUACUUCUGAUUACCUUGUGACCAACCUUAUUAUUAUGUAAAUUUCUUUAUACCCUUAGUAUACGUAAUAAAAUAGUUUA